AUGAACAUUGGGGUGUUCAAAUUGAGCGUCUGGUCAGCACGUACCUUGACUAUUGCACCCAGGAUGGUGGCGAUGGUAUGCCAAGCUUUCUGCCUUCAGGUGAACCCAUCCUGGAUGGUGACUGCCUAUCUCUCAAAAAUAUUGAACUGGUUGAUAUUUUUAUAUCCAAACGAAACACUUAUUCAUCAUGGUUACUUAGGCUGCUCUCCAUUAUUUCCCACUGUCGCCAUCUCCAUCCGCACACUCGCAGUAUAUCGGCAGGUUCACCGAACUUGUCCCCGAUUCAGCAUUCAGGCGCAAUGCAAGGCAUUAUGUCAUCUCCAUAAUUUUUCAGAUGCUUACGACAUUUAUCUCGAAAUCUUGCAUCGCAUCGAUGUCCUUAUCAACCAAGCACUUAAUCAUGACUCACCCAACUGGCGUCUCCUGAACUCCUGCCCAUGUUGCUUCUACAAGCUAGAGGAUGAAGAAAAUAUGGCUCUGGAGUGGCUGGUGACUAUGGAUGGCAACAAUAGCUUAAAACAAUGGACAUCGUCAACUGCUCGACACGAUUCACGGACAUUCCGUUCUGACUACUGGCUCAACCGCUCGAGAGUUGAUAAGUUUAAGGAUGAAGUGCGAGGACAAACUAAAACUGAAACAGUGCCAUUAUCAUUUACUUGUGUUGACCGGUGGCGAAAUGCCGGUCCAGAACAAUGUAAAAGGAUGUUUUCAGUGUUUGAUGAGUCGGGGAUAUUUAUUGCUGCAUGUCGACACCGGUUUAUCCUUCUUGCCUGCGAUAUGGUUAAGAGCGGUGAACUUGCGAAAUAUCCAUUGGCGGUUGUUGAUCAACUGCUAAUGGUUUAUGGCAAAAAUGGAGGUUGUGUGUAUGACAUUGGUUGUGCAUUUGCUAAGACGCUAGGGAACAGUACUUUGGGACCACGUGCUUCCGCCCUCAAUUUCUGGAUGAUGAUAGAUUGGCAUCCUAUGUAUAUCGAAGGCACUGGACACACAGAGGGCGAAGGAUGCGAACACAUUCUUUCUUCAUCAAAUGACCUUGCACGAAGCACUCGGCACACUACAACUUUUCACUGA